AUGGGGAUACACAUAGAUCAUUAUGUUGUUCUAGGGUUACCAUCAGGUGAACAAGGAGCCAAAUUAACUGAGGCGGACAUUAAUAAAGCCUAUAAAACCAAAGCCCUAGAAUUACAUCCAGACAAACGUCCUGAUGAUCCUAAUGCAACUAGUAAUUUUCUUCAACUUCAAUCAUCGUACGAAACUCUGAAGGAUAAAGUAGAGCGUAAACGCUUCGACCAAAUUCUGAAGGAUGAAAUACAGCGUAAAAAGCUCGAUGCAACUUUACGUGUUCAACGUCAACGUCAGUCAUCACAAUGUGAUUCAAAAAAGCGCAAGCUGGUGGAGGAUCUCCAUGAGCGAGAACGUGCUGCUUUUGAUCCAGAUCUUGAUAGACUAGCUCGAGAAGAUGAGGAGGAGAAAUAUAAUAAGGAGAUGAAAGAAAGUACGGAAAAAAUAAUUGGCAAUGAGAUGCAAGCUUUGGAUCGUAAGAAAAAGAUAAAGGUUGAAUUCUUUGUAGAGUAUAGUGCUGAGAGGUUAAAGGAAUUGUUUGGUGCGUUUGGAGUUGUUGAAUAUGUCGUUGUUAAAAAAUCUAAAAAUAACAAAUGGUCUGCUCUUCUGGACAUGGCUUCUGUAUGUGAAGCUGCAGCAUUUACCCCCUUGAAAGUGUUAGUUAUUGAAGACUAA